AUGGACGACGACUACGUUGCCCGCGUCCUGACCAAAGAGGCCCGGGAUAGCUCUCAGAAGUACUCAACGGAGGGUCUAGGUGCAUACAUGCCCAAGAGACCAGCAGGAAAUGCUCCCAAACCCAACACCCGCUUCCUGCGUCAUCUCAUCAGAGAGACAGACAGCCAUAAUACGGCACUGAAACGCAAGGAAGAGAGAGAAGCCAGGGAAAGAAUGCGGGCGUUGAAAGACCAGUCUAAAGCAGCUUCCAUAUCUACGUCUCACUCAUCGAGAAGACCCGAUCGCUCAUCAACUACACGAGACUCCGAGCAACAACGCAAACAAGAUCGCGAGGACCGACACCGGUCGUAUCGACGACGAGAUCGCAGUCGAUCCCGAACUCCCUCGACAGAUAGAGAAAGUUCACAACGACACCGAAAUCGGGACGAAAAAGAUCGGCAUAGAACAAAGGAUGAUCGCGACCGCGAGGACCAUACAGAGCGACGACGGGAUCGCCGUAGGCAUGAGUCGUCUCGUAAAGAUCGACGAGACAGAGAGAGAUCAUACUCGAGGUCGCGCAGUCGCUCUCCCCGCCGCGGUCGCGAUCGCGAUCGUGAUCGUGCCCACAGAUCUCAUCGCAGCGAACGAUCACGUCGAUCUGAAUCUCCACCUGCCCGAUCCUCGCAUCCCCGAACAAAGCGAGAGUCAGAACCGCGCUCUCGACGGGACGAACAUACAUCCUCACGUCAGAGUCGUCUAUCUCCACAACAGACUACGAAAUUGAACACCUCAAAAACAUCUUCCAGUGCGACAUUACGAAAUGACGAAUCUGACGAAACUGGUCGGACCUCUCCCGUGACAGACCAUUCCACUGCGCCCGUUCGCUCUCGAGGUCGUGGAGCGUACAAGCCAAGCACUAGUACCAUCGACGCACACUUCGCGCCCGACUACGACCCUACCCUUGAUGUACAACCAGAUGAAGAACAUGACGGAUAUGGUACAAAGAGCUCUUCCCGUCGUCAUGUUCCAGGUCUCAUGACUGGAGAAGACGACUGGGAUAUAGCUCUUGAGGCUCUACGCGACCGCACACGCUGGAAGCAGAAAGGAGAGGAGAGACUUCGGGCGGCGGGGAUUAAUGAAGAUGCCAUCAACCGAUGGAAGACCGACGCCAUUUCUACCAGUCAAAAUGAUGAGCGCCGACCUGAAGAUGUCAAGUGGUCUACAAAGGACCAAGGUCGAGAAUGGGAUCGAGGGAAGUUUGUAAAUGACGAUGGACAUAUCGAUGUUCGAGCCGCUUGGUCCAAGUAG